AUGUUCAGGAACAACUACGACAACGACUCGGUCACCUUCUCACCACAAGGUCGUAUCUUCCAAGUCGAGUAUGCACAAGAGGCGGUCAAGCAGGGUUCAGUCGUCGUAGGCAUUGUCAGCAAGACACACGCGGUACUCGCUGCAAUCAAGCGAAAUGCCGAGGAACUCUCUUCAUACCAGAAGAAGAUUAUCCCGAUAGAUUCCCACUUUGGCGUCGCCCUCGCCGGUCUCGCCUCCGACGCCCGUGUCCUCUCCAACUUCAUGAAGCAACAAUCACUCGCAUCCCGCCUUACCUACGACCGCGCAAUCCCCCUCUCCGAGAUCACCUCCCGCAUCGCAGACCGUGCCCAGACCAAUACCCAGCAGUACGGACGGAGACCCUACGGCGUAGGACUGCUGAUUGCCGGCGUUGACGCAAAGGGCCCGCAUCUAUUCGAAUUCCAGCCCAGCGGUGUCACACAGGAGAUGGUUGCAUGUGGUAUCGGUGCCAGGAGUCAAAUGGCGAGGACAUACCUUGAGAGGCACUUGGACGAUUUCGAAAACGCUAGCAGGGAGGAGCUGAUCAAGCACGCGCUGAGGGCAUUGAAGGAGUCGCUGUCGCAGGACAAGGAACUGACUGUCGACAACACCAGCGUCGGUAUCGGCGGUAUCGGCGAGGACUUUGUGCACCAUGAGGGACAAGAUGUUGCCGAGUGGCUAGACGCUACCUUUGAGAACCGGGAAGGCGGCGACGAGGCUGAGGGCGGAGAGGCUAUGGAGGAGUAG